CCAAUGGGUCUCGAAAUGGUGCGCUUCGCCGAGGAGCGUAAGGACGAGGUGUUACUGAUGCUGCGCAAGAUGGCCAGCAACGUGCACCAGCGCAAGCUGAUGCACCAAUCGUUGCCGCUGCACAUGAGACGCCGUGCCAUGUCGUACAAUUCGAAGCGAUUGCCACGCAAGUUCCGCUCCGCCCACCUGUCGCAGUUCAGCAAGAGCGGCGUGUCGGAGAAGAAAAAGCGGCCGUCGCGCAAGUUUCGUCGCAAACCACACAAUCUGCUGAAGGAGUACGAGCGACGGAAGCGUACGUUCGUGUGGCUCGAGACGCACAUUUGGCACGCCCGACGGUUUCACAUGGCCGCCCGGUGGGGUUACAAGGUUGCCCAGACGCCCUGCAACAAGGGCUACCGAGCGUGCUACCGGGCAACCUCGAAGCAUUGCUUGCUGCAUGACCUGUCCUACGAAGGCUGUGUGGAGGUGCGGGGAACCGAGACAGCGCUGCGGGAAGGCUUGCGCCGGCUAUGCAGCGAGCGCGUGGGCUUGACCAUGGCAGGAAAAGCGUACGGCGCGGGAACUCGAGCCGGUUACGUGUGGCUGUACGAAGACGGACAGUAUCCGUACGGGUGCCUCGGAAAGGUACGCUUUGUGUGGCGAGCCGGAGAAACAGAGGACCGACGCACGGUUUGGAUAUUUGCCCAUCCCAGCCUCUACCGGAAGCUGGUCGAACAGUUGGUACUAAUUUUUGGCCUCAAAAAUGCUCUCCGUGAGACAAGCGAAUGCCUCGCAGACAUCACGCGCAAUCCGGUCGACAUCCGAUGUCCGAGAUACCGAGCCACCUCGCAGGCCAACGGCGAGGUAGAGGUGAUCGAACUGAAAGACACUCUCAAUCGGUUCCACCUGACGGGUCCGCUAUCGCAGGCGACUCUUGCCAAAGCGUUGCGGCUUUACAAACCUCCCGCGGAGUUUGAUCCAUCCCGUAGCACCGGCACUUGGUACAGUGAGUUCGUGGAGGGUGUGCCACAGGCUAAGAAAAUCCUUCGACAGCAGGCAGUCUACUGGGGGGCCAACAAAGAUCGAACAUCGCCCGGUGAACUGUCGCCGGGUGAGGUGAUCGGUCUCGUCGUCGAAGAUCCACGUCUAAAUCGUCCCCAAAAGCGCACCAAAGCACUGCCCGGCAUUCCUUCGAGAUAUGCCCAGCUGGAUGACAAUCAGUGCCCCACGGCCACCGUUUCCACAAGCUACUCGCCGCUGUGGGACGACACUAUACGGAACCGUGUUACGGAGGAGAUGAAAUCGACCCACGAACUGAGCCACCGCCGUAGCAUCGAGGCACUGGUGCCGGGUGAACGGUGCGCUACUGAGGCUUACCUUCAACCCGUACCGAUCUUGCUGCUUCAAACACCCGGUUCCCAGGAUGCCGAUUACAAGCGGCUCGGCUACGGCGCUGGCUGGGACGUUAUUGUGCCGGCCGGUUACGGACUUCCACUGUGGCACUCGCUUACCCGGUGGGGCGCAAAAGCGGCCGGUCAACGGGAGCUCGACAUGAUGGCGAUCGAAUCGGGCACCGAUCGCUCGGCUGCUCCGGAUACGAUUCUCGGGCGGUCCGAGUCGGCCACCGCGCAUACGGAAGCCCUUCGAAGGUAUUUCAAUCGCCCGAACAACCGGAGGGUAAACUAUACGAAGCUGUCCAUCGCUUCCCCCUUCCGGUGCCCCUGGACACAGCUCGUGCACGAGUGGAACGGUACGGCAAAGGGCGGCGUGGACAAUCCACAGGCUGACACUUUCUUCGUCCUGCGCGAUAAGGAUGCACUGGCUAAGCUACGGCUGGCGCUCGACCGAAAGUUCAACAUCCGUAGCAUCGGUCUGCCGCCGGCUGCCCUUGUUCCGCUCUUGAUAACACUGAAAACGCGCGGUAAUCCGGGUGCUAAUGCCAUCCUCUGUCUGCCGAAGCGGGAAGACUUCCGGGCGAAUAAAAGGAACCGCCUGGACAGUGAGCACGGGCCCGUGUACACGGAACCGCUGAGGAAAGAUCCGCACGAGCGCGAGCGGAAGGUGCUCCGGGCGCAACACUUGCGCACGUUGAAACGCCUGCGUGGUCAACGGGUGCGCGAAAAGAAACGCCGUCAGCGGGCCAAUCCGGGCGUUUUGGUGAGAAUCGCGGCGGCCAACAAUGGGAUGCGAGUGCAGGAACAGCUAGAAGAGAUGGCCGAACUGUGGUUGCCGGGUCAGCCGGCCACGGUGAGGGACCAGUGCAGCCGUGAAUGCUUCGGAUACGUGACGCAGUGUUGCUUCAGCCUAAGCGAAGGUAAAGUCACCGGACUCGCGUACGUGACCGUGAAAGGAUUGGAGAAGCUGUUCAAAAUAUGCAAUAAGGGAACGUUCAAGGUGUUGAUCCGGGGCACCCGCUCCAGGGGUUAUCGCUUUGCUACACUACGGCUGGCAAAUGAAUGA